GUAGAUUUAGAAAGUGAUUUGAUUUUCAUUUUUUUUGGUACGUUUCUGAAGGAUUGGUUGCCGUCAGUUGUAGUAAAGUUGUUCGAUGUCCUACUUCUGAAGCAACUUGAACUACAGUAUGCCGUUAAUGCCUGAAUAGAAAAUAUACAUUGAAGGAAAAUUCUAAAAUGUCUGCGUCUACUGGAUUGCAAAAUGAACAGAACUUUAUGGCUCAGUGGAUGUCAAAUACGUCCCGUGCUGGAGUAAUACUACAUCCUCCACUUGACUUUGGCAACCCCCAAAAAUCUACAUGGGCAGAACAGGAAGGAAAUGACUCUUUUUCUGCACAGUUUGCCCCUCUCUCAUCCUCUAACAGCAGCUGCAUUAGUGUGGAUUCCCUCCAUGGUGAGGUUGUGUCUCUUGCAAAAACAAAUGAAGAAUUGGAGCCAUCUAGUUUUGACAUAAGUAGUGCAAUUACAGCUUUCCAGUCCACUGCACUGCAUCAUGUACAAGGAGCUGAGGAAGGUGGUGUUCAUAAGGAGGAUAGCAUGGAGCAUCAUUUUCAACAAGGGGGCAGUCCUAAUCAGCAGAGCACAGGUCCCCUAAUGCAAAAGUUAGAACAGCUGAAGGAAUGGCAACACCAAAAGCAGGAACAGUUAAAGCUACAGCAAAUGUAUCAGCUUCAUAAAUUGCUGGAGGAACAACAGAAACUUUUACAGAUGGUUAAUGCAGAGCAGACACUCCCAGCCCCUGUUCAUAGAGGCAGUCCAGCAAUAUCAUCGCUUGCCGAAGGUCCACAGCUUUCGGCUCUUGCAGUUGCACAUGGACAUUUACCACACCCAGAACUGCAAAAUUCAACCAGGAUUUCUGAAUUCAGUAACUCUGUGGCACGAGGUGUUGUGCCGAAUUACCCAUUACAGAAACCAGACAGAGAGAAUGCCCUUCAAUCAGUAAGAGGCAGUCUGUGGGGUGGUCCUAAUGUACCAUAUCCAGCUGAAGUUGAGCAUGAAAUGGGUGAAGAGGAGGAUUCUGACAAAACAUUAGAACAAAGCAAUUUGUAUGAAGAGCAAAAUCAGGAUUAUCUGCAUCGAGGCAAAGAUCACGAUGUAGCUCAUACCAACAGAGACGUCAGUGAAUUUUCACAUCAGAGCCCUGAAAGAACAGACAUUUCACACAAGGACGAUUUAGAGGAGAGGCCUAUCAAUCCUGGAACUGGUAGUAGAAAGCUGACUUUUGAGGAGCUCCUGGAGGAGCAGCUGAGGUUGGAAGAACAAAGACUGAAACGGCAACAAACUGGAACAGGAGUGAAAGCCAAUCCUAAAAGAAAAUUUCUUAAACGCGGAGAAGGUCUGUCUAGAUAUACUAAAGCAAGACCUGUUGUGCCAUCCACACAAACCAUUAAAUCUGAUAUUAUUACACAACCUACUCGGUUCCAAAGCGUGGUAGAGCCUAAGAAUGCACCAAAGACAAGCAAGCACCAAGUACAACGCAAAACUGCCAUGCUAAACAAAGAGAACUGCAUUGAAAGAUUACCAGCGCCACGAACCAAACCAGAUUCUGUCUCAAAAAUCAAGAUGAGUCAUGUACAGAAGACUAUGAUUCUUGGCAACCAUCACGGACAGAACAUUUCCAAAGCUUCCGGGACGAAACCACCAGGGUCUGUAGGAAAAUCUCAAGAUACCAAUGAACCAGCAUUAGGUAUUCAAGUGAACAAGAUGGAGACUGCCAAAACAGUUGAUGCUGCCCAUACAGUUGUCGCAAAUCCUGUGACUGCAAAGCAGGCAUGCUCUGAUGAGAAUGGCCAACGAGUACUUUCAAAACUGUCAACCAAUAUCCCUAGUAAAGCAACGGAGUACUCUUUUGAUAUCUCAUUUCAGAGAAAGCUGGAAACCUGGGAUAAAGAAAAAGAGGAAGAGAACAUUGAGCUAGACGAGUUUGAGCUCCUGGAACAGGCUGCAGAUGAGAUCUCCUUCUCCAGUAACUCCUCUUUUGUAUUAAAAGUCCUACAUUUGGAUCAGCAGGGUCUCAAAGGACACAGGUUGUCCUCUACCCCUAUCAAAUCAGCAGCACGGCCAACAGCCCAAAGUGAUUCCCAUACCAGAGAUGGCAAAAGCCUAACAGUCUCCCACACAAUACAGGAUACUUUAGAAUCCGCUAGACAAGAAGUAAAGGAAAUGGAUAAACAAUCAAUGACCUUGGAAAUAAAGGGAUUGAAGGAUACUGUGUGUACUAAAGAUCAAGCCGUUAGAAAUAAUAAAUGUGACCAAAAUGAUAAGAAUAGUAGCGAUUCAUGCCAAAGUGAUUCAGAUUCCAAGGAACUUCAUGCAACCUUGCAAGAUGAGAAGAAACAAGAUCAACAGGCAGCUGGGCCCAGUGGCUGUCAGUAUGGCUCCAAUUGCCAAUAUGACAAAACACCUUAUCAAGAUGGUGCCAAAGAGAGCACUACUCUAGAGGACGGGUACAUGAGUGAUGAAUUGACUGUUAUUGAACAGAAGGGCUAUAAUAAACGGCAAAUCAAUCAGGAUCACUUUGCUUUUGACGAUGAUGAUACCUGGCAUGAUUUUGAGGAGGCUGGAAGUGUGGAUAGUGAUGGCAUUCCAGAAAGGACUGGUUAUUGUAGUGAGGAAACCGAUAGCUCGUUGUUAAAAGGCGGCUCACUGCCGGAUCAAGCAAUCAAAAGGAAGGUGGCCUUUGCAAAGACAGAGGAGACCAAAUCCGGGUGUAGCCUAAAUGAUAGCAGAGCAGAUCUUCCACCGACAUCAGAUCUAAUGGCCAAACUGUUUCCAUCACUGAAGCCCAAACAGAAACCUGUCUCUGCCCGAGGGACUGAAAACGUCAAUGGGGCACCGGAACAAACUUCAGGACCAGGCUCCAAUCCACAAUCCACACAGCUGAGGGAAAGGUUGGUGGAGAUGGAAAUAGAAAUUGAGAGAUUUAGAACGCAGAAUGCAGCUCUAGCAAAUCUACGCCAAGAGAGGGAGAAAGACUUAGAAAGCCUGAGGAAGGAGAUAGCUGACUUUGAAAAGAAAAAGGCAGAAGAGUUGGCACGACUGGAGCAAUACAAAAAAGAGGAAAUGAGAAAACUGCAAAAGGAACGCAAAAUAUUUGAGAAGCAUGCUGCUGCAGCUCGAGCAAUCCCUGACAAAAAGGAACGAGAGGAAAUGCAGGUUUUGACACAGAAAGUAGCAGAGCUGCAGGAGGAGCUUAAGAGGAAGGAAACCAGGUGGUCGAAUACACAUAACCGUCUCAAAAAGCAGGUGGAAUCUCUGACCAAGGAGAACGCUGAGCUGCGCGAGGAAAUCACAGUGAUGGAACGACUGCGGGUAGAGGCAUGGAAGAAAAUUGAAACAGGAUCUGAAAACAAGAAGCAAGCAGAAAACCCAGCAGUUAAUGUCAGGAGACCGAAGCCCAUUAGUCCUCCCGAGUUAGUAAAAAUCAGCAAUAGCCUGUCGGCUUCCUCCGUGACAACAGAAAGCCAUAAAGAAAACCGCUCUCCAGUAAAAGUUAAAAAUACAAGAUCUACUCCAACACCCGCAGAAAUGUGGAAUGCAGAAGAUGCAGCAACGGCAGAACCCAGAAACAGUGCUUUUUAUGGGGAAGCUGUGGCCAAAAGCACUGUACUGGUGGGUAAACAACAAAAAGUGAAGGAAGAUGAAGAUUUUCUAGAGGAAAUACAUCACUUAGAUGGAAAGAUUGAACAAGUGUUAAGAAGCGGCAGCCGCAUCAUUAUUUUCCCCAAUGGAACCCGUAAAGAGGUGUGGGCUGAUGGAAAGACUGUGAAAGUCACAUUCUUCAAUGGCGAUGUUAAACAAAUGAUGGCAGAUCAGAGAGUGAUUUAUUAUUAUGCUGAUGCCCAGACAACCCACACUACUUAUCCAGAUGGUUUGGAGGUCUUGCAGUUCCCCAAUAAUCAAAUCGAAAAACAUUUUCCAGAUGGCAGGAAAGAAAUCACUUUUCCUGAUCAGACCAUAAAGAAUUUGUAUCCUGAUGGGCAGGAAGAAAGCAUAUUCCCUGAUGGCACGAUUAUAAGAGUAAAGCUAGAUGGGAGCAAAGUUAUUGAAUUCAACAAUGGGCAAAGAGAACUGCAUACCCCAGAGUACAAGAGAAGAGAGUACCCGGAUGGAACUGUGAAGACUGUGUAUUCCAAUGGUCAACAAGAAACUAAAUACCCUACUGGCAGAGUAAGGAGCAAAGACAAAGAUGGAAAUAUCAUAAUGGACACUAAACCAUAGCAACCUGGCCUUCUGAAGUUUGUUCAGAGCUUAAAUCUGAAUUUCAAGGUGCUCGCCAGUUUCUAGUAAAAAUAUUUAACAAAAACAGUAGCCUUAGGUGAUGCCUUAGGUUUUGACUUACAAUUAUUUAUUUUCUUUCUACGGUUUUAUGUUUUUUGUGCAAUAAAUGCGA